ACAAAUUCAGAUCUUAUCAUCAAGAAACUUGUUCAAAUCAACAUGGACCGUCAGAUUUGCAUCUAGUAGAAGUGGCAAGUUAUAUGAUAUGAAAUUUGAUCAAUCAAUAUUAACUGGGGGAGAACGCCACAGGAUGAGAAUUAUCUUGAAACGCAAAACUUCACCUUGCUGCAUUAAUGGAAGUGGGAAAGGCGUCAUCGUUGCUACUGGUGGUAGUGAACAUGCGUUUGAUCAUAAGAGUAGAUAUUUAUUUGAGGCUAUUCAGGAUUCAUGGUCAAGAAGACAACCUCGUACAGAAAUUCCUGAAGUGAUCAAAGAAUGUUGUAGGGCAAGAAUGAGGGCUUUCAUGGUUAGUGAUUAUGCCUUAACUGCGGAGACAACAUAUAUAUGUGAAGAGGAUGACUAUCAACUGAAUACAAUUCACUUGCUUUAA